UAAUUUUCUUGACUGGGAGAAAGUUUUAAGGCACUUACGCGAGUGGCGAGGCAUCUUAGCAGCGGCGCGUGUGUCGGACCCUGAUCCAUGGCCACUCUUCUUCUCCCUCUCAACUCCUAUCAUUCUCUUCCUCCCACCUCAAUUCCCCUCCAACUUCGAAACCCUAAUCUCAGUUCACUCAAAAUCAAGAGCAAUCAACGCCACGCUUCGAGCUUUCGCAUUCCCUUCAAAACCCUACAACGUUUCACCCCAAUCAUUCGUGCCUCGGAGGAAGAUUUGAAACCUGAAACUGUGCAAGAUGGCGAGGUGAACAAUUUAGGAGUUAAAGCUGCGCUCUGCAUGUUGAGAUUCUACAAAAGGGAAAUUUCACCAAUCCUGCCGAAGAGCUGUCGUUACAUUCCGACUUGUAGUGAGUAUUCUAUGGAGGCUUAUAAGAGAUAUGGAGUUGUGAAGGGUACAGUCUUGACUGCGUGGCGUCUGUGUCGUUGCAAUCCCCUUGGUGGGUAUGGAUAUGAUCCACCUAGAUGGUUUGAUGAGAUUAGUCCACGGGAAGAAGUUGAAGAUUGAUUAAUCUUGGGUGGCCAAUUUUAAGGUGGUCAUCGCUACCGCCUGAGCAUUUUGAAGUUGUCUACUGUUCUCAUGUGAGGAGAUGUUGUGUUCUGAUGACAUCAUAGAAAUUGGAUUAAGAAGAAUGAUAUCUGUGAUCGGAGAAUAUUGCUCAUGAUUAAUCAAAUUGAACAUCUUUGUACAGCCAAAGAAAAUACAGUGCUGAGACAUAGAAGGAUCUGCAUAUUGAAUAUCCUACAUUUGUACUUCAACAAUCACCCUUUUUCAAUCCAACAUGGGGACAGUCAUCUGCAUAAGGAUUAAUCUGUCCUGGAUGUGUUAUGCAAUCAUACCGAGAUAAAUGGUUGUUUUAGAUUUUGUGUUUUAUAUUAGAAGAUGCUGGCACACAUUCUUUGACACUAUGUUUUUAGCACACUCUAUUAUCGGGUGAAAUUCCAUAUUGGCCCCACUAAAUAAAUGUAUUUAGUGGGGCCAGCAUGCCAUUUCACCCAAUAAUAUGUUGAAAAGAGAAUUUCAAAGAGUGCGUUGCUAGCAUUUUUUAUAUAAUUUUUUAUUUGUUUUGUAAUAGAAAUUCAAAAUUAAUAUAUCAUAU